CUUUGUUUCGAUAAAACUCCGUCAAGCACCAUCAUCUAAGUUGUUUCAAAAAAGCCGAGGGUCGAGGGUUACGUCUGCCGCUCCGUUGCUAACAUAUCGGCGUCUUGUGGUUUGUUUACGAGACACACUCCUAAACCGUGGAUUUCUUGCAGCACAUCGAAGAUUGCCUUGUUGAUGUGGAUCCUUUUACCGCGUGAAGUAGAUCAGUCAGGAGAUCUGAUCCGACGACGGGCUGACACAUCAGCAUCGGCUUCAAGCUCACAGUCGGAAGGGCUGCAUCUGCAACCCAACUGUACUGUUACAACAUAAGAACGACUAAGGCUUGUUCUAAACUUUUUGCUUCUCCAGCUUUGUGAUAAGCAAGCAACCGGUCUCACUAUGGAGAAUCCACUGUGCGACCUUUGCGGGCGUAGUGCUACCAUCAUGUGCCCGUUGCGGAAGAGACCUUAUUGCUCACGCGAGUGUCAGGAAAGCCAACCUCCGCGCCCCGCCAAGCGCAUGCACCCCAAUCCCUCCGCACCGUCAGCCUAUGGUCUAGACCGACGACUACCUGGCGAGUCUGGCUAUUCCGGUGGCAACAACUACAGCAGCAGUAAAGCGGGAGGGUACGGGAGCAACUAUGGUACCGGCCAGGGUUUCUCGGGAGGGCAAAAUUUUGCCGGGGGCUCUGGGUUCGGUGGGGGACAGGGCCAGUUCACAGCGCCUCAGAGCGGAUUCACCGCCGCACAAGGGUUUUCGCCGGGAGGAUUUACCGGCGGUCAAUCAGGGUUUUCUCCAGGGUUUUCUUCCAACCAGGCUGGCUUUGGUGCUAACCCCUCAGGCUUCUCGUCGUCGCGGAAGCAGAGCUUCGCCGGUGGUGCUAACAAUCCUGGCUUUUCCGUAGGAGCCGGAGGCAAUUUCGCGAGUGGAUCGGGCUUUACUGGGAGCCAAGCAGACUUUGCCGGAGGUCAAGGAGGAUUCGUAGGGGGUCAGGGAGGGUACGGAACGUAUGACCAGGGGUACUCACACCCAGCGUAUGACCAACAGCGCACAACGGGAUGGAGCCAGCCAUCAGGAGCUAAGCAGAACUCGCUGCAACAGGUGCAGAAUUUGAUUGCGGGCGAUGCCGGAACACAGAAGAGCAUGUUCCCAUGGAAACGGAGCAAAGAGAACGGCGGAGAGAGCGGGGAUGGGGGACGCGAUAUCAGUCCACAACCGGGCGCGAAUUCCAACAAACGUGCACACAACCAGCAGUCUGACACGGGAGGUGGUGCUUAUGACGAAGGCAAUGGUAUGGGGCUCGAUAGAAGCAUUGCGCACGGAGGCAGUACGAUGAAUAUGCAGGAUAUGGGUAUGCAGAUGAAUAUUGGUGAUGUUAACGCCAACGCCGAUGCGAUGGCCAAGAAACAGAAGAAAGGAAAGGCUCAGCAGGAGGCUCUUGCCGCUGCCUGGGACCCGAAUGAUGCCGGGAAGAAGGGCAACAAGGACAAGAAAGAGAAGCCCAGUUUUGCGUGCACCGUGGAGGGUUGUCAACGCAAGUACGCGAAUGCGUACGCUCUCAAGUAUCACAUAGAGAAGCACAACACCGAGGGUCCCCUGGCAUGCCCGUUUGAUGGGUGUACGCAGAAGUUCUGGUAUAAGAAUGACCUGUCCGACCAUCAGUUUGCUAUGCAUGCCGACCAGGCAGACCCCAACGGGAAGAACGGUAAAGACCAACCAAGCGCGAAUGCAAAUACACAAAAGUUUCCUUGUACAUGGGAGGGUUGCAAGAAGGAAUACGGUAACAUGUAUCUACUCAAGUAUCAUAUGGAACGUCACGAACAGCCCGGUCCCCUCGUAUGUUCUUGGGACGGGUGUAACAUGCGAUUCUGGUACAAAAAUGAGCUCACCAAUCACACACGCUCACACGCACAGCAGAACAACGCCGCGCAAACCCUGGGGAGUAAUGCCUUGGUGCUGUCCGAACUCAAGAACGGCAACAACAACAACAACAACGCCAACGGGUCCAUGGGCAAGAAGAACGGCAAGAACGGUGGCAUGGCUUUGACCAUGGUCACCAGCAAGGGGGGCCGGGGCAAGGCCGCCUCGGGCAAGGAUAGGGUCGAGCAUCCCUGUGUGUGGGAGGGGUGCAACAAGGUGUAUGGCAAUGCGUACGCGCUCAAGUACCACGUGGAGAAGCACAACACCCCCGGGCCGCUUAUUUGCCCCGAGGACGGGUGCGGCGGCCGGUUCUGGUACAAGACCGAUUUCACCGACCACACCCGCGCCCACGAGCGUGCUGCAGCCGAGGCCAACGGUACGCUGACCGGCGCCGACGGCACCAUCGACCAAGCCUUAAAACCAAAGGGACAGUUCCCGUGCACGUGGGGGGGGUGUCAUAAGGUGUACAGCAGUGCGUAUGCGCUCAAGUACCAUCUGCAGAAGCACUCGAGCGAAGGGCCCCUGGCCUGCACGUGGGAGGGCUGUGGCAAGCGGUUCUGGUACAAGUCGCGUCUCACGGCGCACAACCGUGAACAUACCGGCGAGAGCCACCCGUAUCCCUGCACGUGGGAGGGCUGCGGUAAAAGCUUUGUGACCAAGAGCGAGCUGACCGUGCACACGCGCAAACACUCGGGCGAGCGCACCUUCCCCUGCCAGGUCGAGGGCUGUGAGGACAAGUUCUCAAGUCGCUUCAACCUCAACGUGCACAUGCGCUGGCACACGGACAAGGGCCUGCUCACGUGCUCUUGGCAGGGCUGUGCGGAUCAACGCUUCCAGUCACAGGACUCUCUGGCCGAACACAUGCGCAUGCACGACGCCUCCUUUGGCGGCACCAUCAUCGGCGACCACAGCAAGGAAGUGGGCCCCGUUUCCCGCAUCAAACUAAUCCCCAACAACCCGAAUAUGGGCAUGCAGCAGCUUGCGGCCGCGGCGCCGGCGCCGGCUCCCGCGCCCAAGAAAGGCAAGUCACGCGGCAAGUAUCUCUGCCCGUGGGAUGGCUGCCAGGAGAAGUUCAGCUCGUCUACGAACUUACUGGCCCACUUCCGCACGCACACGGGGGAGAUGGUGACCUGCACCGUGCCCGGCUGUGGGCUCGGGUUUGCGCUGGAGUCUGAACUGGAGCAGCAUUUCAGGGGCGUGCACGGGUUGGAGUUGUACAAGUGUACCUGGGACGGAUGCUCGCGCACGUUCAUCAGCAAUCAGCUGCUGACGGAGCAUUUGCCGAUCCACUCCAAGGGCAGCGGCGCCAAGCCGUUUAUGUGUACCUUUGGGCCGUGCCAGGAUAAAUUUGCCACCUGGUACGAGCGCAAGAUCCACAUGAUCACGCACGCGCGCGACAGGCCCUACACCUGCACGUACGACAACUGUGACAAGACGUACGCGUCCAGCGCCCGCCUUAAGAGUCACUCCAAGAAGCACACCAGCCAAGUAGGCGAGGGUGGCGAGGAGAUUGACGAACACAAGUUUGUCUGCACCGUGGCCGGCUGUGGUAAGGAGUAUCUCAAGGACUCGACCCUGGCCAACCACAUGCUCAAGAAGCACUCGGCGGACGCUCGCAUCAUCUGAGCGGGGUAGGCGUGACGAGUUGACGACUAGAGAGGCGGGAGCGGAUGGUGGCCCCGUCCCACGUGCACAUGUGUGUAGUUUCAUGGGGUGUGCACUUGUAUAUAUGGUUACACGUGCAUGUCCGAUACAUGCUGUUCGUACAGGUUUUUAUAAUGCGCUGGCGGCCCGGUGUUCCAGUACAACGUUGUGGGGUGUGACGAGGGGCAUUCCGUGGACUUUUAUCUGGCAGACACUACGCGGUAGAAACUAGGGCACUUCGGUGGCACAGUGGUUUAUGUACAGGCACGUGAAGACGGUUGCAUUGCCCGUCUCACGUCCUGGGGGUUUAUUGACAAAGAUUACAUACGGGGUACAUAUGAUUGAGACGUCAAUCAAAGGUUUACACACGUGUGCAUCGGACGCGCACACUCUUCCUGUGUGAUGGGCUCAGAGUGAGGCAGCCUAACACAGGGCUGAAUGAGGGAGUCUGUAGGCAUACUUGUUGGUGCGUCGACUAAGCUACAUGACUUAUUGAUAGGCAUUGGGGCCCAGAACAUGUGGCGAUUGGAUGUGGGUGGGGAGAUCAGGGCGAAAUUCGGGUGGGCUACAGUUGGAAGGAGUAACUGUUUCGCACGGUACGUUUUCGCUUGCCGUUUAUUGUUAUAUAUAACGACUAUUUACACUAACACCGCUUCAUACGCACUGACGCUUGUGGGCGCGCGUGUGUGUGUGGAUAGGACUGGGUCGAUUAUUUCUGUUCUGCACAGUACGUGUAUCAUGUGCACACUCCUAUACGUUAGCGAGGCGAAGGGCCACGCACCCGGGUGUCGGGGUGGUGCUGGUGUCUGGCAAUACUCAACAUACUGCAUACAUUGGGUGUACAUGGGUUUAUAUAUAUAUAUAUAUAUAUAUACCCUACAAAGAAAGUGGUUUGUACUGUUCACAUGCAUGGAGCCUGGUCGGGCUGAUCAGAGAUGGAAGUCAUGCAUGGGCGACGAUUGCUCUGCGGGAAUGCCGUGGGCAGACAGGGUAGACACGUAUCUAUACGUACACACAGACGUAUGUAUAUGUGGAUAUGUGUUAUCUAUGUUUAUAGGCAUUUAUAUAUAUUGCAUAUAUUAUACGUAUAGGUAUAUUUUAUAUAUGUAUAUUUUAUAUAUGUAUAUUUUAUAUGUAUAUGUAUAUGAUGAUACAUACAUAGACUUGAGAUGGAGGUGGUACGAGAGGAUGCAGCAUAUGUACAGAGUUGUUUAGUUUGCUGAGUACUGCUGCACUGCGCUCAUCGGAGUCCUACUCAUGGAACAGCCUGCAUCGGGCUACCGAUCACAACUUAUUUAGAAGUUUGUAUGUGUAUCAAUAGUUAUUACAAUUACAAAGAAUUGACAACAAAUUAAAGUUCUGGAAACGAA